AUGUCCCUCGCGUACCUACUCGUCACCGUGGCCGUACCUCGGCCCGCCCGGCCCGCCGUUCCAAUCGGGCCUGCUUGCGAGGCGGUGCUUGCUGCUCAUCUGCGGCAGGCGAGGGCCGUCGGUGCAACCUCUCUUCACACGACUUACGACCAGGAUUCGGGCCGGCUCGAGUGCCGGAUUGAGCUACCGCUGGCAUCGAACGACGCACCAACGUUCCACCUUGGUGCCCAGGCACCCGCGGCAGCGUCCGAGCCGUGCCAGCCACGUGAGUCGCCAUCCGGAGGCGGGGAGGCUGCUGGCGCGGUGGAGAGGGGCGAGGUAGACCUGGAGAGUCUUCUACAUCCCACCGCAGCCGGCCCGGAGGCUCCUCCCUUCACCGAAAGCCGCACGCUUGAGGAGGAAGCUCGCUUUGCAGCAGUCGUCGGCGCGGUCAACCAGUACAUCGAGUGCCACUUCUCGUGCGACGGCGGGCUCUGCCGGUCGCGCAUGAUCUCCUACCCGCCCACGGGCGGACGGCAUCGGCUCUUUCUGUACGCUGGUGUGGCAGAGGAGUGCAGCCUCGAGACGCUCGAGUGCAGCGACGAGACGCUCGGCCGCAGGUUGCUCCAGGCCAUCGUGGACUACCCGAGCACUGCCGAGGCGGCCAAAGCCUUUGCACAUCACCUCACCGGAAGGCCCGAGCCGGUGCCGACCGAGACCGAGCGGCCGUUCGAGCCGGAGAAAAGCCUCCUCGCGUGA